UCCUCCCCCCUGCCCGUGGCCGCCGGCGGGGACAGCCUCGACCAUUUCAGCGGGCGCGGGGACGAGGGGCCGAACCCGAACGGCAGCCGUUUUCCUGAGCGCCGCGGCCAGCUCCACUUCGCGUCUUCAGCACCGCGGCGUGGACAGCGCCCGCCGGAGGCAGCUCCGCGGCACGCCCGGGCAAGGAGCGGGAGCAAGGGCGGGAGCGGGGCCAGGGCCGGGACCGCAUAAGGGCGGCGCGGGCAGCGCGGACAGGAGCCCCGCGGGCAGCGGCCCCGUCCCUGGGCUGGACUCGCCAGCCGAGGGGGCUGGGCAGCGGCACGAUGUUCCUUAAACUGGCGGUCGUGGUGCAGGUGCUGUCGCUGCUGGCGAGCCGGGUGCACGGCUUCCCGAAGCCCGGGGGCAAAGAUAAAGCUAUACACAUCAGACAGUUAAGUGUAGAAAGACCACUGGAGGAACAGAUUGCUGAAGCUGAGGCAGACAAGAAUAGGAAAAUAGCCUCCCCAGAAAAUAAUCCGGAGUUCAGGAAUUAUUCCUUUAUUGAUGACCUGAACCUUCUAAAAUCAGUAGCAGAAAGAGAGAGAAAUGAAAAGGAGAGGGAGUCGAUUAGAAGCUCUUUGUAUGAACAGCAGCUGGCCAUUGAUGAUGCAGACUCCACCAAGAACCGCAGGCUUGUGGAUGACUAUGACUCCACUAAAAGUGGGCUGGAUUAUAAAUUCCAAGAUGAUCCAGAUGGCCUCCAUCAAUUAGACGGCACUCCUUUGACUGCUGAAGACAUUGUUCAAAAAAUUGCUGCAAGAAUUUAUGAGGAAAAUGAUAGAGGAGUGUUUGACAAGAUUGUUUCAAAACUUCUGAAUCUGGGGCUAAUCACAGAGAGUCAGGCUUAUACCCUGGAAGAUGAAGUGGCAGAAGUUUUACAGCAACUAAUUGCUAAUGAAGCAAAGGAUCGUGAGAAGGAGUCUGAAGAUUUUGAUUACCCUCCAAGCAGAGCAGACAGUGAUACAAAGGAAAAGCAUCAGGAAAGAAUGACACCAAGCAAAGCUGAUCAAGCUAGUUUUGUUAAUGGAGAAAUUGAUGAAACAUUGGAUAAUACAUGGGCAUCAUCUAAUAUCCUGGAAAGAAGAAACGAGCUGCCUUCUGAAGAUAAUUUUGAAGACCUCCAAUAUUUUCCAAACUUUUAUGCACUAUUAAAAAGUCUUAACUCAGAGACAGAGGCAAAAGAGAAAGAGACCUUGAUAACUAUCAUGAAAACCCUGAUCGAUUUUGUGAAGAUGAUGGUUAAAUAUGGAACAAUCACACCAGAAGAAGGAGUUUCCUAUCUGGAAAAUUUGGAUACAAUGAUAGCUGAGCAGACAAAGAAGAAGCUUGAGAACCCUUCCACUAAAUCCAGGACAAAGCUGCCAGCAGACAAGAGUAGUGAAGAAGCAGACAGUACGAAGGAAGAGGCAGCUAAAAUGGAAAAGGAAUAUGAAAUUUCAAAGGAUUCUACGAAAAAUGAAGAACAAAAUGCAGGAGGAAACAGUGAAGAGCACAAAGGGAAAGCUGAGGCAUAUUUGGAAGCAAUCAGGAAGAACAUAGAAUGGCUAAAAAAACACAACAAACAAGGUAACAAAGAAGACUACGAUCUUUCAAAGCUGAGAGAUUUCAUUGAUCAGCAAGCUGAUGCGUACGUGGACAAGGGCAUCCUGGACAAAGAAGAGGCUGAUGUAAUUAAACGCAUAUAUGGCAGCCUGUAAGAAGCUAGUGGCUGCCAAACAUGUAGAAAAGUAGCAUAGCUUCCCCCACUCCUGGCUCAGUGACUUAUGAUCUGUUAAUUUGAGGAUAUCAUUAGAAAUGCUCUGUUUACAUUGUACUGACAACUUUCCAGAGAGAAGUGAAGAGCUGUAGUGCUCCCCACACUGACAGCACACUGUAUUUUCCUACACUCACAAAUCAAACUAAAGGCCACAUUCUAACACUGAACUUCUAUUUGAUAGGGCAAAUAUUUAUGUAAUGUCCUCUUGAUUUAUUAUUUAUGUUUGGUUUACUUUUGUAGAUAAACCAAUCAUUUCUGAUGGAAAAGGUCUUUUAUGGCUACAUCUUUUCGCUCUCACUCCACUGGCUUUCUAUAGAUGCAACUAUGUAAAGGGCAUUAUUAGAAAAUAGUUCAUAGUUCUCUAAAUAAAAUGGUUGAAAAUAUUUUCCCUAUUAAAGUUUUCAUUAAUCUCAA